AUGGGGGCCGCGGGGGAGCGGCCUGAGGGCGCCGGGGGGGCCCCGCGGCUCUGCUGGAAGGCUGCCGAGCCCCUGCUCCGUCCCGGGGCGCUGCCGCCCUGUGUGGUUGUGCCGGUGCGGAGCAGGAGGAAGGGCCCGCGGCUGCCCGAGUGGGCCCGGGAGCUGAGCCCUGAGGAGAGGGACAGGCGGCUCCGGUCCGCGGCGCCGAUCUUCCCGGACGAGCGCAUGGAGCGCACCUUCUUCUUGGCUUGCACGGCUGAGAUCAUGGACCCCUACGUCCCUCCCGAGGGCGAUGCCCGCCUGACCUCGCUGUCCAAGGACGGCGUGAAGCAGCAGAUGCAGAAGCUGAGGCAGACAGCGGCCUCCCAGCUGGCCCUGCGGAAGAUCAAGGAUCACGACCCGGAUUUCAGCACCAAAACCUUCCCUGAGAGAGCCCAGGAGAUUUUUAUUGAGGCCCACAACUCCCUGGCAAACUUCAACAAGCAGAAGCUUCACUCCCUGGUGACCGAGCGCUGCUACCCCGACAUGGUGCGUGGCAACAGGUACAAAACCAUCCGCUGGAGGUUCCUGGAGUCCCUGGAGCCCCCCAGGGUGGUGCACGUGCGCUGUGAGAGCAUCCUGAACCGCGGCAACCUCUACGGGCAGGUGACAGUGAGGAUGCACAGCCGCCAGAUUUUGGCCAUCUAUGACCGCUUUGGGCGGCUCAUGUACGGCGGGGAGGAGAUUCCCAAGGACGUUCUGGAGUAUGUUGUGUUUGAGAGGUACCUGGUGAACCCCUAUGGAGCCUGGAGGAUGCACGGCAAGAUCGUCCCGGAGUGGGCCCCACCCAAGGAUCCCAUCAUUAAGACCGUGAUGAUUCCAGCCCCGGAUCCCUCACAGGAACAUGAAACAGUGAAGUAGAAAGUUCUGGAACGUGGACAGGGACAACAAACAGGGCAGGAGGAAGGACUGGGGAUGUGCUGGACCUGGCUGUGCCUUCAGGACUGGGCUCCAACCACUCCAGAUUUGUCCUUCACGGAGCCGAGGGGUGGGAGCGGGCCUGGGAUGAGCUCUGGGAAGAGCUUGGCUCUGUCCCACACUCCGUGUGCUGCAGCCUCACCCUCGCUGGGUUCCCAUGAGGAUGAGGAGCCUUGGAGCAUCCCCAGGCCACCCUCUGUCCUGGAAUUCCAUGGGAGAGCCCUUGGAAUGUUUGUCACCCCCAUGGGAGGGGGCGCAGAGCUGCUGCUCAGUCAUUAAAACUUCACCAGGGGCUUUGGCACCCGUCUCUUUCUCUGCUGAUUCCCUAACUCCUGUUUUUAACAGAAACCAGGAAAAUUUACAUCAAGUUCUGUGGGGAAGGGGGUGCUGCCUUUGGGGUGCCCAGAGGAGCUGCAGCACAGCUGGUAAUUGGAUUUAAUUCCAGUUUUGGUUCCUCACAAGGCUGGGGUUGGUGGCAGAGCUGCUGCUGUCGCUGAGGGACUGGCACCAUCCUGUGGACACGGUGACAUUUGCAGCUGUCCCUGCUUUGCCUGCGUUGGGAAAACACUUUUCGUUUUUUCCUCCCUGUGAGGCUCGUCCUCUAUUCCUGCUCUGCUCAGCCAGUUCUCCUCACUCGCAGAGAAGAAUCCUCCCUGCUCACCCAAGAACAAACCCUUUUCUCCUCCUCGUCCUGCUUUUUAGCUCAGCCACUUCAGAGCGUGGGAGAGUUCAGGGAAUUCCUGUUUCUUCCUUCAGAGGGAUUUUGCCGAGCUGUGAAAGAGGAGCUGUGGCUCCUCUUUUCUCCCCAGUGUUCCAUUUGGGAGGGCAGGACCUCCUCUUUGUGCUGUGCUGGGAGAGGAGCCAGCAGUGCAAUCCCUGCCAUGUCCUUUGGGAUGCCACAGGGGUGUCACAAUCCCUCUGUUCCUAAAUAAAAAACCAAAAAUCUGUU